GCAGCGGCGAUGGCGGCAGCGGCGAUGGCGGUACCGGGGGGAGUCCGUCCCGGUGUGGUGCUGGGGACGAUGGAAAUGGGUCGCCGGGCAGGGCCUGAGGCCAGCGCCGCCCUUCUCCGCGCUUUCCUCCGGCGUGGCUAUCGCCUCCUCGACACCGCUUAUAUGUACGCGGGGGGAGAGUCCGAGAAAAUCCUGGGCGCGCUGCUGGCUGCUGGCACCGAGCCCGUGGAAGUUGCCACUAAAGCCAACCCCUGGGACGGGAAGACGCUGAAGCCCGACAGUGUGCGAUCGCAGCUGCACACAUCCUUGGAGAGGCUGAAGAGGAAGAGUGUGGAGCUCUUCUACCUCCAUGCCCCUGACCAUGACACCCCAGUGGAGGAGACACUGCGUGCCUGCAACGAGCUGCACAAAGAAGGAAAGUUUAAAGAACUUGGUCUAUCAAACUAUGCGGCAUGGGAGGUGGCAGAAAUCUGCACCAUCUGCAAAUACAACAACUGGGUGAUGCCAACUGUUUACCAGGGCAUGUACAAUGCCACCACUCGCCAGGUCGAAGCUGAGCUCUUCCCAUGCCUGAGGUACUAUGGACUGCGCUUCUAUGCCUACAACCCACUGGCAGGAGGGCUGUUGACUGGCAAGUACAAGUAUGAAGACAAAGAGACACAGCCCACAGGAAGGUUUUUUGGGAACGACUGGGCUCAAGCCUACAGAAACAGGUACUGGAAAAAACACAAUUUCCAAGGCAUCGACUUAGUAGAAAGAGCUCUGAAAGAUGCUUAUGGCUCCAGUGCACCGAGCCUGACCUCUGCUGCUUUGCGUUGGCUGUACCAUCACUCCAAACUGCAGGGUUCUCUUGGAGAUGCAGUGAUCGUUGGGAUGUCCAACCUGGAGCAGCUAGAGCAGAACCUUGACUGCAGUGAGGAGGGUCCCCUGCUGCCAGCUGUGGUGGAGGCAUUUGACAAAGCCUGGAACCUGACUGCACAUGACUGCCCCAACUACUUCCGCUAGAGCCUGGGGCAGGGGUGAGCAAAGAGGUAUGGGGUGAGCAAUGGAGCACAUUAUCUCCAAGCAUGGGAGAAGCACUCACCCUACUGUCCCCUUCAUUCCUGUACAAAUAGGAUUGUGAUUUCCUCCCCCCAGCCCUGUAUUAAUGAAGCUUUGUAGGAUCCACUACAGCUGUCAGCACUUGCUGUGCUGGACCCUGCCUUACUCCUCUACCCCUCAUGGGCCAUCAGCUCUAGAUAGCACACUUAGGUAAUGUGUCCACACCAUUAAAUCAGCACUGAGUGAAGGCACCAGUUGUGCUUCAGUAUGAUCUCAAAUAAAGUACCUCCUAGCACAGACCCUGCCUUUUAACUGUGCAGAGAGAGGCCAGCCAGUUUAUGGGUAGUUAUGAGCUCCUUCUGAAGCUGCUAUCAGAAGAGAAGACCCAAACCUUCAGCACCUUCCCCAGGGUCAGGGUUAUUUUGUUACACUGACACACAUUUCUGCUUAGCUGUCAUGUUUGAGGUGGCACUUCCUCAGAUCCCAGGGUUCUCAAACAGCAACAGGCAGCAAUGACAACCAUCUGACAUUUUACAGCUAGAUUUAUGUAUAAAACAAAUCCCAGCAUUAGCUCAUCUUCUGAAAAGCUGUCAGGGGCUGAUGGUCCUUAUCCUGGUGCAAAUGGAGAAGGGAAACCUCCUCCUCAGUUUGUCUCUAAAGUAAACUGGUGUCCAAGCACAGGGA